AUGAAACCCCUCACCUACCUCUCCCUCCUCCUCGGCAUCUCUGCAACCACCGCCCUCGCCGCUCUCCGCCCAGAUGCAACCCCUGACGAGGUCGCCGCGGCCGAGGCUGAGUGCGGGUCCCUGGGCGUGAUGAGGAUCGACCCAGCAGAGCUGCCCGAGGGCGUUACGAUGUCCGACGUCCGCAUGUGCGCCGACCAUCCCCUCGGCCCCAGGGCGUACCCGGGUCCGGGUCCUGGGGCUUUCGCCAGGUUCCUGCUUGAUCCAAAGGCCAAUGUUGGUAACGAACCUGCAGCGCUGCGCAAUUUUCACGCCCUGUUUGAUAGAGGAAUCUCAGUUUUCACCACAGAUUUGCUUCAGAUCAAGACAGUUGUCUAA